AUGGAUUAUGGUCGUGUGUUAAAUGGAAUUCCUAUCUUUUGUGAUAACACAAGUGCCACAGCUAUUUCUGACAAUCCUAUUCAACACUCAAGGGCGAAGCAUAUUGAUGUGAGACAUCAUUUUAUCCGGGAGCAUAUUGAAAAGGGGAUUGUCAAGCUAAUCUAUGUUCCUACAGAAAAGCAACUUGCGGACAUCUUCACAAAGCCAUUGGAUGAAACCACCUUCAACAGAUUUGUGAGUGACCUUGGAAUGCUAAAUAUGAGGUUGACUAUGGAUUUUCGAGGUGUUUCAUUAAUAAGGAUUAAAUGGGUAGAUGAAAGGAAAAUGUCAAAGCCUUCUUCUUCUAGUCAUAAGUUCUCUCUCAUCAAGGAACUAGAGUUAGAAAAAUCUGAAUUUGAGAAGGAGGUAGAUUUGCUGUUUGAGGAAAUGAAUUUGCAUCUUGAGACGGAGACUGAGAGAAUCAAGAAAGAAAAACUCGAAAAAGAAAUGGAAGAAAUCUUAGUCUACAAGAAACAGCUUGAAGAUCUCAUAGAAGGAGCAAAACUUCCUCGAAAUGAGGUUUGGGAAAAACUUCUUCAGAUUGUCUGGGAGAUCUUCGGUGACGAUGAUGUAUCUAAUGAAGACUAG